CUAAAUUUCGUAGGAAUAUGGAAGAGGAAUUUUUACCAUUUAAUUACGUCAGUGUUGUGUAUCAAAAAUUUCAAACCCUUCGUCAAGGCACCCGUUCGGUUGAUGAUUACACUAAAGAGUUUUACAAAUUGCUUACCCGUAUUGAUAGCCGGGAAACCACCGUGCAACUAAUUUCCCGGUAUAUUAGCGGGCUUCGUAUUGCGAUUCAGGAUACCGUUAACAUGUUCAUGCCCGUCACUCUUUCGGAUGCUCACCAACGUGAUCUCCUGGCCGAGCAGCAACUAUCACGUCGGCCUUCCGUCGGUUUUUCUCCAGCCAUCCGUUUCAGCCCAUCGACGUCCGGCCCGUCAAAACCUGCCACAGUUCCUGGGACAGCAGCCCGUCCGACAGACGGCCGCGUGGGUCCCGUGCCUUUGGGGUUGUCAUCCGACGCGACGGCGGCACCGGUGGGGCCUCGCCCUGGUGGUGGUCUCCGCUGUUUUUCUUGUGGCGAGGCGGGCCAUCGUCGGUCCGAGUGUCCUCGUUCAACCGGGGGCCGACAGUUAUUUGUUGACGGGGAUGGUGAGCAUGAUGACCAUUUCGCUUAUGAUGGACUGUCAGUGUUUGAUACGGAGCAGUUGGAGAAUGUUGAGGUUCAUUGUGGUGAUGUUGGCACGUGCCUUGUGCUGCGGCGUUCUUGUUUGUCUCCCCAUGGCGAUUCAGAUUCUUUUAGCCAGCGACAUCAGUUGUUUGAGUCCACAUGUACUACUGGUGAUCGUGUGUGCCGUUUUAUCGUGGCCUCCGGGUCUUGUGAGAAUGUUUUGGCCGAAGAGGCAGUGUCUAAACUUCGGUUGACCACGGAGCCGCAUCCCUGUCCCUACACGUUAGCUUGGAUCAACCGUGGCAGUGGUGUGACUGUUAACCGCCGGGUCUUGGUCUCUUUCUCUAUUGGAGCAUCGUAUCAUGAUCGGAUUUGGUGCAACGUAGUCC